AGUCUGGCAACCCAGCCAGUGUAGCACAUUGCUGCACACUGGCCUCUUGUUGUGUUUUUGUUUUUGUGCAUUUUUGUUUUGCUGCACUUAUAACUACAAUUUUAAUAUAAUAGCACGAAUAUCUGGCAGGACAUAAAUACAGCGGAUUUUGCAGAGCACGAUUUUGAUUUACCAUCGCCGUUGUUAUUGUUGCGUCUUCUUGUACAAGACUACAAAAAACACAGAAAACAAAACGUUGCCAAAACGUUGUUGUUAUGUAAAUGCGCGGAAGCAGAACGUUGGACACAGAGGCACCCCCAAUAUCCGCAAACCACAAUUCGCAUCCAAAGUUCGCGGGCUCCCGAUUGAGACACAAAGCAAGAGGUCGAAGCACACCAAGCAUCACGCGAUUGCUAUUGUGUGAAGACGUCACCUGCCCAGUAUAGCCUUACUUGAAAAUGGAGGCCAAGGCCGACAAAUCAUCGCCUGCAGUGGCUUCCGGUGGAAAAACUUCAGUGCCCUCCAGCGGACGCCAUCAGUUGCGACCCGUAAAGUUUGACUAUGCCGAUUCCUUUGCCUGCACUUACAUUGUCUCUGUCGUGGCUGCUUCCAUCGCCGAGCUGGCUACUUAUCCACUGGACCUAACAAAGACGCGUCUGCAAAUCCAGGGCGAAGGAUCCGCGAUGUCCGCAGGAAAGUCCAAUAUGCAAUACCGCGGCAUGGUGGCCACCGCCUUCGGGAUUGCGCGCGAGGAGGGCGCCCUGAAGCUGUGGCAGGGCGUGACGCCGGCGCUCUAUCGACACGUCGUCUAUAGCGGAGUGAGGAUCUGCAGUUACGAUCUGAUGCGCAAGGAGUUUACUCAGAGCGGCAGCCAUGCGCUGCCCGUGUGGAAGUCGGCGCUAUGCGGCGUCAGCGCCGGCGCUGUGGCCCAGUGGCUGGCUUCGCCCGCUGACCUGGUCAAGGUGCAGAUUCAGAUGGAGGGCCGCCGGAGGCUAAUGGGCGAACCGCCGCGUGUCCACUCAGUCGGACACGCUUUUCGUGAGAUCGUGCUCCGCGGGGGAGUCCGCGGCCUCUGGAAGGGUAGCAUGCCGAACGUGCAACGGGCGGCGCUGGUCAACCUGGGCGACCUGACCACGUACGACACCAUCAAGCACCUGAUCAUGGACCGCUUACAAAUGCCAGACUGCCACACUGUGCACGUGUUGGCCUCCAUCUGCGCCGGUUUCGUGGCAGCGGUCAUGGGCACGCCGGCGGACGUGGUGAAGACGCGUAUCAUGAACCAGCCCACUGACGAAAAGGGACGGGGCUUGCUAUACCGCGGAUCCCUGGACUGCCUACAGCAGACUGUGGCCAAAGAAGGCUUUGUCGCACUAUACAAAGGCUUCCUGCCCUGCUGGAUACGGAUGGCCCCUUGGUCGCUCACCUUUUGGCUGUCCUUUGAACAGAUCCGUAAGAUGAUCGGUGCUUCUGGCUACUGAUCUGUGAUUAGGUGUAGUUUUUUAAAGUAGCUCGCUCGCUACAACGGUUUAAGUUUGGCAUGAUCCUCGUUAUCCCUUCCUGUGCCUGAGUAACUUACAGCCAGGCCGUGCUGUUGCUUUGAAUAAUAUAUUCUGUCCAAUUUUAGUAUGUUACGCCAGGGAGUUUUCUUUCUCAGAUCUUUCGGGUUUGUUUAUCCUGUAAUUUGUUAUUGUUGUUGCCUUAAGAAAAUCAAAAAUCCGUACAAAAAAGCCAAAAAAAAAAAGAAGUUAUUAUUCAAAAAAGUGGUUAUCUUCCUAAAAGAGCACUCAGUGGAAAAGAAAGGGACAGAAAUGCUUGUGCUCUUUAAAAUGUGAGCACUUUGGUAAAAAAGAAGAAAGAAGGCUAGAUUCGACAAGCCGAAGCUUAUGUACCCACACAAAUGUCUAACCAAAUUGUAUAUAGAUUCUUCCGAUCUUUCCAGCUUUUUGAUUCAGUAGCCAUUUUUUUCCAAUUCUCUUUCUUAAUUCAAUAGUAGUAAAAAAAACUAAAUAUUCCAUAAUAUGGAAUCCAUAUGUAUGAUAAAAAAUAACUACAUUAUCUUCUUUUUUCCGUUAAUUCUAUCUAGAUUUUUCGAUCUUUUCUAUGACGUCUAUAUGAUAUAGUCAUCCGAUUUAAAUGAAAUUGAAAUCAAAAUUCAAGAGUCAUAAAAAACACCAUGUGCGAAAAUGGAAGUCUGUAUAAUAAAAAACAGUGUCGUUGUAAUUUCUCCCCUGCGGGAGCUAUCCGAUAUAAUCGUCCGAUCCGGCGUAUACUCCGUUAAAUAAUUACAAAAUGUUUGGUACAUGUAGUUCUCACAUCAAGAUAGUUUUAAAAUUGAAAGACUAAUUCAUCGAGAUAGCUUUAAAAUGGAGAGACUAAUUUACAUAAAAACUUAGAAACAGACAGACGGAAAGACGGACAGAUGUAUAUGCCCAGAUAUAUUGAGAUGGUGAUGCUGGUCAUGAAUAUAUAUAUAAGAUAUAUAUCUUAUGGGGUCGGAGAUGUCUCCUUUACUGCGUUGCAAUCUUCUGACUGAUAUUAUAAUACCCUCUACAAGGUAUACAAAUAAAAGAGAUUUAAGUACUUUAUCAAUAGA